ACACAGGACGGCCACCGAAUCCCUUUGACUUCCUCUUUUGUUUCUUGUCUUCUUUUCCUCCUCUCUUUCUCUCUACAUGUAUAUAUACACACACAACUGUAUUCCCAUUUCUGUGGACCUACAUCUCUCUCUCUCUAUAUAUAUACAACUCUUCUUAGAAACAAACACAUAGAUUAAGAUUAACACCAUGGGAAGAUCACCUUGUUGUGAAAAAAAUGGUCUAAAGAAAGGCCCAUGGACUGCAGAAGAAGAUCAAAAACUUGUUGAUUACAUUCAAAAGAAUGGUUAUGGAAACUGGAGAACUCUCCCAAAGAAUGCUGGGUUACAAAGAUGUGGAAAAAGUUGCAGGUUAAGAUGGACAAAUUAUCUGAGACCGGAUAUUAAAAGAGGAAGGUUCUCUUUUGAAGAAGAAGAAACAAUUAUUCAACUACACAGUGUUUUGGGGAACAAGUGGUCGACUAUCGCAACUCGUUUGCCAGGAAGAACAGAUAACGAGAUCAAGAAUUACUGGAACACUCAUAUUAGGAAAAGACUUCUUCGUAUGGGAAUUGAUCCGGUCACUCACAGUCCUCGACUUGAUCUUCUAGACAUUUCAACCAUUUUGAGCUCGUCUUUCUAUAAUUCACCUCACGCAAACAUGUUCGGGGUUCAACCUUCAGUGAACCCUGAACUGUUGAGGUUAGCAGCUUCACUCCUCUCGUCUCAACAAAAUCAAAAUCCGAACUUUGUUCACCACAAUGGACAAGGAAACCAAUUUGGAAAUCCUCAUCAAGUUCAAGAAAACCAUCUAGUACAACUUCAAAACCAAGAUUGCCAAACCCUAAUUCAAGAAAACCCUAGUUGUGCUCCUUUAAAUAACCCUAAUUGUGUUCCAUUUGCUAGUGAUCAAUCUGCCCAACUCAUGGAACCAAAUGUAGACCAACUUCCUUCAAAUUUUUCCAGUUUUGACCAACAAACUUGCCAUGUAAACGACUGGCAAAACAAUCUUGAUAACUUUCUUGCCAUGGAAAACUACGGUUACGAACAAAGCAUUAUAGAUCCGCAGUCGAAUAUAACGUCAAGCGAUUUCGACUUCACCUCACAUUUAUCGAACUUAUCAACAUCUUCAUCAAGUCCAGCUUCUCUACACUCAAAUUCAACUAGCUACAUCAAUGGAAGCAGCACAGAAGAUGAAAGAGAAAGUAGCUAUUGUGGCAACUUGUUCAAAUAUGAAUAUGAUCAAGAUAUCUUGGAUUCUAAUUAUGUCUUUAUGUAAUUCUAUGAACAUAGUGUAAUUUGGAUCCGAUUACAUGAUCAUAAUAUAUAUUAAAAUUUCAUUUCUUUUUUAA